UCAGAAGGUGCCAAAAUUUUGAAGUACUUUAAGACAGCUGUUCAGAAUACCAUGAACAAGCAAGCCUCAGAGAUGUUCCUGGAACACCACAGAGAGCUCCAGAACUCAUCGUUCACUGUGAGUGAAGAGAGCUAGAGGAAGGUGUGCGGCUGGCAAAUGGGGGCUUCAUGUUGCUGCCGUGCUUUUCAUCCUGUGAGAUGAGCUCAAAAUGGAGCCACUCCCUGAUAGAGAAACCAGAGAGUGAAAACUCUUGUGCAAAGGGAUUUCUGUGAUAUUCUCCAGUGACACCCAGUACCUCUGCUUGCUGAAGGCUUUGACCAAGGCUACUACCAGCUGUUAACGUCAUCCUGAGAAAAGGAGGACAUAGAAAUCAGGGACGCCUUGGGAGGUUUCUGACCAGUGGAUCUUCUGAAGAGCCAUGCUAAGACAACCUUUGACUUAAAGAAUUAAAAAGAACACCGCUUCUUCAAGUAAGAAGACUUGCUUCAAAGUUCCCUGCAUGAAAAAUUAUUUGACCAUUGCACACAAACCUUCUGUGGAAGAAGAAAAGGAAAAUCGGUGUGCGGGGGGGUCUCAUCAGGAGUAGAGCUGAUGCAGCUUAAAAUAAUGCCGAAAAAGAAGCACUUCUCUGCAGGCAGAGUGCCCUUGAUCCUCUUCCUGUGCCAGAUGAUUCGUGCUCUGGAUGUACCUCUUGACUCAAAGCUUCUUGGCGACUUGGUACAGCCUCCAACCAUCACCCAACAGUCACCAAAGGACUACAUUAUUGACCCUCGGGAGAAUAUUGUAAUCCAGUGUGAAGCUAAAGGGAAGCCUCCUCCAAGCUUUUCCUGGACCCGUAAUGGAACUCAUUUUGACAUAGACAAAGACCCUCUGGUCACCAUGAAGCCUGGCUCAGGAACACUCGUCAUCAACAUCAUGAGUGAAGGGAAAGCAGAGACCUAUGAAGGAGUCUAUCAGUGUACAGCGAGGAAUGAGCGCGGAGCUGCGAUCUCUAAUAACAUUGUUGUCCGCCCAUCCAGGUCACCCUUGUGGACCAAAGAAAGACUUGAGCCAAUAACACUUCGUAAUGGUCAGUCAUUGGUUCUUCCCUGUAGACCUCCAAUUGGAUUACCACCAGCCAUAAUAUUUUGGAUGGAUAAUUCCUUUCAAAGACUUCCACAGAGUGAGCGGGUUUCCCAAGGCCUGAAUGGAGACCUUUAUUUCUCCAAUGUCCUCCCAGAGGAUACCCGGGAAGACUAUAUCUGCUAUGCCAGAUUUAAUCACACCCAAACCAUACAACAGAAGCAACCUAUUUCUUUGAAGGUGAUUUCAGUGGAUGAAUUGAAUGACACUAUAGCUGCUAAUUUGAAUGACACUGAGUUUUAUGGUGCUAAACCUAGUAAAGAGAGGCCACCAACAUUUCUCACUCCAGAGGGCAAUGAAAGCCUCAAAGAGGAACUAAGAGGAAAUGUGCUUUCACUAGAGUGCAUUGCAGAAGGCCUACCUACUCCAAUCAUUUACUGGAUCAAAGAAGAUGGAACACUUCCUGUCAACCGGACGUUUUACCAGAACUUUAAGAAAACCUUGCAGAUCACUCAGGUUUCAGAAGCAGACUCUGGAAAUUAUCAGUGCAUAGCAAAGAACACACUCGGAGCUGUCCAUCAUACCAUUUCUGUCACAGUUAAAGCGGCUCCAUACUGGAUUUCGGCACCUCAAAACCUUGUGCUAUCCCCAGGAGAGAAUGGGACCCUUAUCUGCAGAGCUAAUGGCAACCCCAAACCCAGAAUUGGCUGGUUAACAAAUGGAGUCCCAGUAGAAAUUGCUCCCGAUGACCCCAGCAGAAAAAUAGAUGGUGAUACCAUUAUCUUUUCCAAUGUUCAAGAAAGAUCUAGUGCGGUUUAUCAGUGCAAUGCCUCUAAUGAAUAUGGGUAUUUACUAGCAAAUGCAUUCGUAAAUGUGCUCGCUGAACCACCUCGAAUUCUCACAUCUGCAAACAUACUGUACCAGGUCAUUGCAAACAGACCUGCUUUGUUAGACUGUGCCUUCUUUGGGUCUCCUCUGCCUACCAUUGAGUGGUUUAAAGGAACUAAAGGAAGCGCUCUUCAUGAAGACAUUUAUGUUUUACAUGAUAAUGGAACAUUAGAAAUUCCUGUGGCCCAAAAGGAUAGUACAGGGACAUAUACAUGUGUCGCAAGAAAUAAAUUAGGGAUGGCAAAGAAUGAAGUUCAUUUGGAAAUCAAAGAUCCAACCAGGAUCAUUAAACAACCUGAAUACGCAGUUGUGCAGAGGGGGAGCAAAGUGUCCUUUGAAUGCAAAGUGAAACAUGACAAUACCUUAAUCCCCACCAUCAUGUGGUUGAAGGACAAUGGAGAGCUGCCCAAUGACGAAAGAUUCUCCGUUGACAAGGAUCAUCUGGUGGUAACUGAUGUAAGUGAUGAUGAUGGAGGGGUGUACACGUGUGCGGCCAACACAACGCUGGACAGCGUUUCCGCCAGCGCUGUGCUCCGCGUUGUCGCUCCUACUCCAACUCCAGCCCCCGUUUACGAUGUCCCGAAUCCUCCCUUUGAUUUAGAAUUGACCAAUCAACUUGACAAAAGUGUUCAGCUCACAUGGACCCCAGGCGAUGACAACAAUAGCCCCAUUACAAAAUUCAUCAUUGAAUAUGAAGAUGCGAUGCAUGAGGCAGGGAUAUGGCACCACCAGGCUGAAGUUUCUGGAACACAGACCACAGCGCAGCUGACGCUGUCUCCAUAUGUGAACUAUUCCUUCCGAGUCAUGGCGGAGAACAGCAUUGGGAGGAGUGUGCCCAGCGAGGCAUCAGAGCAAUACCUGACGAAAGCCGCAGAACCAGAUCAAAACCCCAUGACUGUGGAAGGACUAGGCACAGAACCCGACAACUUGGUGAUUACAUGGAAGCCCUUGAAUGGGUUUGAAUCGAAUGGGCCUGGCCUCCAGUACAAAGUGAGCUGGCGCCAGAAAGAUGGUGAUGAUGAGUGGACGUCUGUGGUUGUGGCCAAUGUAUCCAAAUACAUUGUCUCUGGCACACCAACCUUUGUCCCAUACCUCAUAAAAGUUCAAGCCCUGAAUGAUGUGGGGUUUGCUCCAGAACCAGCUGAAGUCAUGGGGCAUUCUGGAGAAGACCUUCCGAUGGUGGCUCCUGGGAAUGUGCGUGUCAAUGUGGUAAACAGUACUUUGGCAGAGGUACACUGGGACCCAGUACCUCUGAAGAGUGUCCGGGGACACUUACAAGGCUACCGGAUUUACUACUGGAAGGCUCAGAGCUCAUCCAAAAGAAACAGACGCCACAUUGAGAAGAAGAUCCUCACCUUCCAGGGCAACAAGACUCAUGGCAUGCUGCCAGGGCUGCAACCAUACAGUCACUACGUUCUCAACGUCCGAGUGGUCAACGGGAAAGGGGAGGGCCCAGCCAGCACCGACAGAGGCUUCCAUACUCCAGAGGGAGUCCCCAGUGCUCCCUCAUCUUUGAAAAUUGUCAAUCCUACACUGGACUCUCUCACUUUGGAAUGGGACCCACCAAGCCACCCAAAUGGCGUCCUGACUGAGUACACUUUAAGAUAUCAGCCAAUUAACAGCACACAUGAACUAGGCCCUCUGGUAGAUUUAAAAAUUCCUGCCAACAAGACACGCUGGACUUUAAAUCAUUUAAAUUUCAGCACUCGGUACAAGUUUUAUUUCUAUGCACAAACAUCGGUGGGAUCAGGCAGCCAGAUCACAGAGGAAGCCAUAACGACUGUGGACGAAGGUAAGAUGGCUGGUAUUCUUCCACCUGAUGUAGGUGCAGGCAAAGUUCGAGCAGUAAAUCCCAGGAUCAGCAAUCUCACUGCCGCAGCUGCUGAGACGUAUGCCAAUAUCAGUUGGGAAUAUGAGGGACCAGAGCAUGUGAAGUUUUAUGUUGAAUAUGGUGUAGCAGGCAGCAAAGAAGAAUGGAGGAAAGAAAUUGUAAAUGAUUCUCGAAGCUUCUUUGGGUUAAAGGGUCUAAUGCCAGGAACAGCAUACAAAGUUCGAGUUGGUGCUGAGGGGGACUCUGGUUUUGUGAGUUCAGAGGAUGUGUUUGAGACAGGCCCAGCAAUGGCAAGCCGGCAAGUGGAUAUUGCAACCCAGGGCUGGUUCAUAGGUCUGAUGUGUGCUGUCGCCCUCCUCAUCUUAAUCUUGCUCAUCGUUUGCUUCAUUAGAAGAAACAAGGGUGGUAAAUAUCCAGUUAAAGAAAAGGAAGAUGCUCAUGCGGACCCUGAAAUCCAGCCCAUGAAGGAAGAUGAUGGAACAUUUGGAGAAUACAGCGAUGCAGAAGACCACAAGCCUUUGAAAAAAGGAAGCCGAACACCUUCAGACAGGACUGUGAAAAAAGAGGAUAGUGAUGAUAGCCUGGUUGACUAUGGAGAGGGGGUGAACGGCCAAUUCAAUGAGGAUGGCUCCUUCAUUGGACAAUAUAGUGGUAAGAAAGAGAAAGAACCAGCCGAGGGAAAUGAGAGCUCAGAGGCCCCUUCACCUGUCAACGCCAUGAACUCCUUUGUUUAAGUCUUUAAGCUCCGCGUCAGUGUCCCAUUUCUCUGGAAUGUUUUUCCUGAGCACUUCUCAUCCCUCUCAUUCUGUGGACAUAUGGGUAGAAAGGAUGUUUUUCUGCUGUAUGUGAGUAUUAUGAGAACAAAGCAAGAGCGAAACUCAGUCAAAUGAUGCGUUAACAUUAACUGGGGUACAAAGUGAGUACUUUUCUGUUCAGAGUGGGUUUUCUCAAUUUCCUUGGAACCGAUUAAAAACAAAAUUCAACACCCUCAAUAGAUCACAUUAUUCCCUGUGUGGGAUACAGUUCAAUAAGAUGCAUGAAACCUGCGGCACAGAGGACACACCUGUGUAUGUGAUUGCGACGUGGUCGGGUACUUUGUUGACACUAUGCUCUGCCGAACCCUGAAUAUAAAUUCCGUUGUUAUUGUGGAGAGUGUUAUUGUAGUGUUCUCUAGAGCUCCAGUGUCUCUGCGGACAUUGUUGUGGAACUCGUGACUAUGUCUAGUUGUCGUUAGUCUUUUCGGGAGACUGUUAGGAACGGUGUGUACAGUAUCUACUUGCUACAUGAGUUAAUUAUGUCAGGUGCAUCUGCUAAUGCUCACCGAAACUGUUACCUAUCCUUUAUUCCCGUUACUUCCUAGGCUUCUUAACCUUCCAGGUUACAGUGGCAGUGUUCCUCUUCUUACACUCUCUGUGUUCAGUCAUCUGGGGGCAUAAACAUUGCAUUUUGUGACACCUUCUGGCAUUUGCGCCAUCCUGAAAGAGUUGAAGACAAAACUCUCAAGUUAGAUUUCAAGAUUUAAUCCAGAAAAUGCAGGGCAAGAUACAUGCAGCACCUUCAGACAAUGAGCAUCCCCUGGCUCCUGCACUCUGCAUGGGCCAGUCUGGGCAACUCCAUCCUGUGUUACUGCUGCUGUUAGAAAAGAACCUUUAAAAGGCAGAGAUAAUGAGAGCUGACAUGCUGGAAAAUUGUGAAAAUAAAAACAAGUUUAUUUGAAGGGGCUUUCCCCCAUAAAUGUCAAAAACAAAGAAAGCUUUGUCAUUGGCUGGAGCACGUGGUGGUUUUGUGGUCUUUUCUGGUUUCUAGCCAAACAAGUCACGUUGAAAAAGAAAAAUGGCAUGGUUGGAAAUGCAUGGAAAAACCAAUGACUGUAGAACUAAAAACAUACAACAGCAUGCAAACAGUGAUACACUACCCACUAUUCCUAUAUGAGCUUUCAAACUCUGCAGCAUUCAGCAAUGUGUAUGCAAGCUGCAAUGGGCACACUCCAGAAUCUUCAAAAUCUGGCAAUGGCUUAAUUAGGCCAGCAGUCAAGGGGAUUACAGCUGCAGUCUAAAGAAUAAAUACAUAUAUCCUAUCAUAGUCAUAAACAAUGUGUAUGAAAUGGCUUACCUCCAAUAUAAAAAUCUAUGACAACCUAUGGUUGAAGGAAUGCUCAAUUUCAUUUGCCAAUAAAUUGGUUUCUCAUAACUUGCAUCAAGUUUAAUUUUAAGUAAAGCUUUUUAUAUGUAGAUAUUCUGUUGAAUUUGUAAAUAUACGUAAAGUGUAGAAGCUAUAUGCUUAUAGGGGUUACGUGCAAAUAAACACGCAAGCAAUGUUUAUGUUCUGCUGUGUGAAAAGUAAGCUCAUUAAUUAAUUCAGUGUAUGGGACUGAAAAACAUCCAAAUGCCUUUUGUGGGUUUUUCCCUCUCCUUUUUGCUGUGAAACUGAAAUAGUGAACUUUUUUACCCACUGUUUCAGCCAGUUUCUGGCUGAAAUCUUCAGCAUUUUGCCAAUGGAGUACAGUAGGAUUUGUCACUUGGCAUCUUUGAUGCAUACAGGUAAAGCUUGUUUUAAAGUGAUCCCCAAAUGAGGUGGCCCUAAAUAUUCUCAUGUCUUCAUAUUUACUUUCCACAAACCAGCCUGCCUGUUGGAAAUACAAAUAAUAAGACAGCCUUGCCUAGACAUCGGAAAACACAAAGACAAAAGUUACUUCAAUGUUUUCAGAGAAAAAUAAAUGCACAGUUUCUGCUCUUCCAUAACUAUAGAUGCUAAAUGUCUCUGUGCAUGAAGAAGUCACCUUCAUCUGUAGAUUACUACAGAUUUUGUAUUAAAAAUUAAGUGUGGUUUCCCCACCCCUCCCUGUUUUGUAUCUAUCAUGUUCCUAGUGGAGUGGGAAUGCCCCAGUCUAUGUAACUGGUAUAAUGACCCGAUAAUCUGUAUACAGAGCAGGAAAAGGGGACCAGGUUGCCAUCAGAAAGUGACUAUUAAACAGUCCAGAUAGCAUGGGUUUUAGUUUCUUCAAACCUGUAUUUCCGAAGAUUUUGAAGAAAUUUUGACUCUUUUUUUUUUUGUUUUAUCUUUUUGAAAGGCCUAGGACAUUAUCACAAAACUAAACACGAGAAUUAAUAAGAAGCGUAAUCCAGACAUUUUAAUAAAAGGUUAGGGACUAAGCAAAAAGAGAUAGUAGUACCAGUCUUUUGAGAAAAGGAGAGGAAAUCAUGUUGUGUCCUUUCUGGACCACAGUCAGUCUGAAUUUCUUAACAUGGCUGCUUGAUGAGAGAGUUUGAACACUCAUAUGUAUUACAAAUACGCCAUCCACUUCCUUCCCUCCACCUUCGUUCUUCUGUCUCCAAGCUGUAUAGGCGUGCAAACAGUCCAAGCUUAGCAGUUACCCACAUUCCAUCACCUGCCCCUUAGUCACUGGCCCCUGGUCCCUGCACUACACCCAGGAGACCCGCCUUGCCCUCUCAGUUUUUUCGAUAACACGUUAUAAAGAGACCUGGAGAUGUCAAAUAGAGCUCGGUAUUCUUCCCACAGAGGCACAUUGGCGGUUCUCUCUCAGACCCCCCUUUCUCCCGCGCCACUGUGAGCCAGAUUAACAAACCACAGCCGCACUCUACAUCACGUCCCGCCUCUGUGGCAGAAGGGGCUGUAAAACCAUAAGUAUGACCUCAGUAAGAUCUGGUAGUUAUAAAGCGGUAUAAACCAUCUUGUUCAGGUGGUUUUGACGACUUUCGAGAUCAGGAGAGUCCAAGGAACUCAGGGAUUCUCACCCACGGAAUGAAUCGCUCCCGCUUGAGACGUUUCUACAGCUGACCACCAGAGGGCGCCCCGUGCUUUAUUCUGCGCAAAAGAAACCCACUAGAGAAAGCCGCCUAAGGGACACACAAUCCUAAUCAUUUUGGAUAAUCAAAGAAUGGCCCGAUGGUGCAGAGAAUGAUUGCCUGCUGCAACGAAGGAGACGGGACUGCAGCUCUCCCUAGUGAGUUCACGGUUUCCAGAGAGGAAGCAUGAGGUGUGUGAGCCCUUUGCAUAUUUUUUUUUCCUUAUUGGGCUGCAGCCUGGGUGGGUCAGGAGAGGAGUUGCCCGGAGUCCACUGGCCCCCUUUGUCAGUUUGGUGUGUGUGACGAUAUGGGAAGGGUGUCCUUAAAAUGACCUCAACCCCUUUCUUCAAGGAUACUGUUUUUGUCUGGCAUUAAUGGUUUGAUGUUUAUUAUUGAAUAGAUCACACACAGAAGUAGUUUAAACACCACCCACAGCUCUUAUGACUCACGGAGGAGAAGACUGGGGAAGAACAGAGACUAUUACUGCAGGAUCUCUACUAAAUAGUGUCUCGGUGGGGUGGAAAGAACAGUGGCCCAGAGAGAAGGAUGCGUAUUCCAACUCCGCCAUCUGCCAGCUUUGUGGCCGUGCAGGAACCCCUCCUCUAACCGUUCCAUGCCCGUUUUCUCCGUGAGAUAAUGAUGGGGCAGAUGAUGUCCAAUCUGAUCUGCCUUUCCUCUUUAAUCCUGUGAGUCCUAGUAACAAAUAAUAAUCUGAGCACUUGCUAAAGCCGGGAAGAAACACAAUCAAAACCAGGUGGGAGUCCUGCUGCCCCGGGGCCUGGAGCCCAGUGUGUGAAGACAAGUAUGAUCAGAUAACAGCCUGGGUGGGUGCACGUCCACAGUUGGGAAAGACCUCAGAAGGGAAACAUGAGCAAGUGGUAGUGCCAUCCAGGCUGGACAUGGUGGUCAGGAGAGAGGCCCCGAGGAACGAAAUGUGAGCUGAAAGGUGAAAGGCAAGGAAAAGCCAUAGAAAAGCAAGGGGACAAAGCUGGCCAGGGCCAUGCCAGCAUGCCUGCCUAGAUGUGGAGGCCAGUCUAUGCUGGGCUGAGGACCGCAUGGCAAGCUUCUGUAUUUAGUCAAGAAGCAAAGGAAAGUGUGGAGCAACAGAAAGGGUCAAGGGGCUCCUAAGAUUAAGGGCAGCAGUUUAAGCCGUGGGGCCCAGAGCAAUCUGCUAAGGGAGAGGAGCGUGAACAAGAGGGUUGAGGGUGGCACAUCCUCCAGAAUCGAUCCAAUGUAGUGAACAGGAGUGGAAGAACGGGCCUCCCUGGAAGACUAGUGACCAGGAGCUGCUUGUCACUGCAAAGCAGGGGGCUGUGUUGAGCUGGAAGUGAGGGAAAGACCGUGGCAAGAAUGAAAGUAGAAUGUUUCUACCUGGGUCUGGACACCUCCUCCCUGACAGGUGCCACCCAUUGGUCGCCCCUGCCCCUGCUUUUCUGGGUGCCUGCUGACUUUCUAACAGCUCAAGAGUCUCAGAAACAAACACACGUUUGCAUCAGUCUCCAUCUCACACCCCUUCUGUUAUCAGUUGUCCUCCACCUCAUGGCCAAAUGCUUGAAGUAAUAGCAGGAAAGGUAUAUGAGGGUAAUUGUAGAAGCCCCUGUUGGCCAGACAGUAAGUACAUCCUUUGUUCUUUCUGCGGCUGUAAGACGUCCCCAGUCCCACCCAGCAUGUUCUGUAGACCAUGUCUUUCUUCAGUUCUAAGAGUGUGUUUCAUUAUCUCAGUGGGUGACUCAACAAGAGAAGAUAAUAUUUUUUCAUCCCAGCUGACUCAUUGAAAUCACCUGACAGUUUUAAAAGCCUGGUACCUGUUCACCUGGGCCCACAAAGUCGCUGUUUUCAUUAUCUGAACUGUAGCUUGACCGUCACUAGGAAAGGUCCCCAGACGAUUCUAAUGUGCAGCCAAUGUGGAAACUGAUGUUGACCAGCUUAUCCUUUGCUACUGUGCAAGUAGUCACGGAACAGUAUUUUAAAUAGACUCCUCAACACAGCCCAAGGGUGGAUCUCAAAUUCUCUUCUAUGCCCCACAUAAAAUGAAUCUAGAGAUUCAUGUAGAAUGCUCAUACAUUGGUGGUGUAAAUAUAAGAUGGUGCAGCCACUUUGGAAAAGAGUUUAGCAAUUUCUUUAAAUAUUGAAUAUAAAUUUACCAUGUGACCACAAUUCAACUCAUAAGUCUAGACCCAAGAGAAGUGAAAGCCUACAUAUACCCAUAGGCUUGCAUAUGCAUGUUUACAAAAUACCAAUCAUAACUGCUAGAAACACAACCCCAGUGGGUAUGAGCAGAUGAAAGCUGAACAAAAUGAGUGUAUCAUAUGAAUAGAUGGUGUAGCUCCACAGUCAGAUUAAAUACUACUUGGCAAGUUAUGUGAAGGAUUGAUGAAAACAGCAAUGUGAGAAGUCUCCAAAAAAACUUCAAAUUUUAAAAGUUAAGCACAAAGCUCACUAUUCUAAUUUACUUGAAAUGUCCAAAAGGCAAAACUGUGAAGACAAGAGGUAGAUUUCUGUCUGGGGCUGAGGGAGGUAGAGGCAAGGAUUCAUGUGAAAUUGGUGAUUGCCUGAAGUACUAAAAGGUCUUGAGUUUUAUAGUUAAAACAAGUGAAUUAUGGUAUCAAGUGACAUCUCAGUAAAGCUUAUAUUUGUCUGAAGGGUGAAUAGAGUUGUGUUUAAAUGAGAUUUGAGAUGAGUACAGCCUCACACCAUGGACACAUAAGCUCCUGUUCCUCAAGGAUGCUGCAAGGCCAUCCACUCCAGGUAUUCCCCAGAAUGACAGCAUUGCUUGUUAGAAUCACAUUCUUGACCUGUCCCAGAUCAAAUGGUUCAGGAACUCUGCAGGUAUAGACCAGCAUUUGUCUAUCAAAAAAUCCCUCUGAUUCUGAACACACUAGCUUGUGUGGAACAAGACACUCAGCCUGUGAGCUAGUCUCUCUUCCAUCCCAUCAUGAGGGACGGGAAUGACUUAGCUUUGAAAUUAAAGGAAGAGACUAGGUAUUCUUCAUAACCAAAAAAACCAAACAACAACAACAACAACAAAAAAAAAACCAAAAACAAAACACAAAAAAAACCUUCAAAGACUAGUUUAAAUGCCCACAAUAGGUAAGUGGUUAAACAAAUUUUUUAAAUGUGCACCAUGUCCAGACCACCACUAAACAGUAAGUACAAUCCCGGUACAAGGAUCUCAUGCCACCAAGUGAACAGGGCCAAACCAAAGGUUUUGUUCAUAUGAAACAUUGGAGCAGGUGAAACUUUCCUACAAGGACAGGAAGCAGACUGUGUCGGCCAGGGAUUGGUGUUUGCAGAGGGAUUUACCUCUGGGAGGCAGAGAGAACUCUUCUAGAGGAUGGGAGUAGUCCAUAUUUUGAUUGUGAGGAUAGUUAUAUGGGUAUUUGUUCAUCAGGACUCAAAAAUUAUAUGCUUAGACUGAGUGUGCUUUGUUAUAUGUUGUAUCUCAAUAAAGUUGAUUUUGAAAGGAAAAUAAACUGGACACAGUGACUCCUCCCCUUA